AUGGCUGCUGAGAAGCAGGUUCCCGGAGGCGGCGGCGGAGGCGGCACUAGCGGCGGGGGCAGCGGCGGUAGCGGUGGUGGACGCAGCGCCGGAGGAGAGGAAAAUAAGGAAAACGAGCGGCCUUCGGCUGGGUCGAAGGCACACAAAGAAUUCGGGGAUAGCCUGAGUUUGGAGAUUCUUCAGAUUAUAAAGGAAUCCCAGCAGCAGCACGGUUUACGGCAUGGAGACUUUCAGAGGUACAGGGGCUACUGUUCACGUAGACAAAGACGUCUUCGGAAAACACUCAACUUUAAGAUGGGGAACAGACACAAAUUCACAGGGAAAAAAGUAACUGAAGAUCUUCUGACUGAUAACAGAUACUUGCUUCUGGUUCUGAUGGAUGCUGAGAGAGCCUGGAGCUAUGCUAUGCAGCUCAAGCAGGAAGCCAACACCGAGCCCCGAAAACGGUUCCACUUGUUGUCUCGCCUACGCAAAGCCGUGAAGCAUGCCGAGGAGUUGGAACGCCUGUGUGAGAGCAAUCGUGUGGAUGCCAAGACCAAGCUGGAGGCUCAGGCUUACACGGCUUACCUCUCAGGAAUGCUGCGGUUCGAACAUCAAGAGUGGAAAGCCGCCAUUGAGGCUUUUAAUAAAUGCAAGACUAUCUACGAGAAGCUGGCCAGCGCCUUCACAGAAGAGCAGGCUGUGCUGUACAACCAGCGGGUGGAGGAGAUCUCGCCCAACAUCCGCUACUGCGCCUACAACAUCGGUGACCAGUCAGCUAUCAAUGAACUCAUGCAGAUGAGAUUGAGGUCUGGGGGCACUGAGGGUCUCCUGGCUGAAAAAUUGGAGGCGUUGAUCACUCAAACUCGAGCCAAGCAGGCGGCCACCAUGAGUGAAGUGGAAUGGAGGGGCAGGACGGUUCCCGUGAAGAUCGACAAAGUGAGGAUCUUUUUACUGGGUUUGGCCGACAACGAGGCCGCCAUCGUCCAGGCUGAGAGUGAAGAAACCAAGGAGCGUCUAUUUGAAUCCAUGCUCAGUGAGUGUCGGGACGCCAUCCAGGCCGUGCGGGAAGAGCUCAAGUCAGAUCAGAAACAGAGAGAUUAUACCCUAGAUAUGGAGUCGGGGAAGGUAUCUAAUCUUCAGUACCUGCACAGCUACCUGACUUACAUCAAGCUGUCAACAGCGAUCAAGCGGAACGAAAACAUGGCUAAAGGGCUGCAGAAGGCCCUGCUGCAGCAGCAGCCGGAUGAUGACAGCAAGCGUGCCCCUCGGCCCCAGGACCUGAUCCGGCUCUAUGACAUCAUUCUGCAGAAUCUGGUGGAAUUGCUCCAGCUUCCUGGCUUAGAGGAGGACAGAGCCUUCCAGAAAGAGAUAGGCCUCAAAACUCUGGUCUUCAAGGCUUACAGGUGUUUCUUCAUUGCUCAGUCCUACGUGCUGGUGAAGAAGUGGAGUGAAGCCCUUGUCCUAUAUGACAGGGUCCUGAAAUACGCAGACGAAGUGAAUUCCGAUGCCGGAGCCUUCAAGAACAGCCUCAAGGACCUGCCGGAUGUGCAGGAGCUCAUCACACAAGUGAGGUCGGAGAAGUGCUCCCUGCAGGCAGCCGCGAUCCUGGAUACAAAUGAUGCCCUCCAAACAGAAACCUCUUCCCAAGUCAAGGACAAUAAGCCCCUGGUUGAACGGUUUGAGACCUUCUGCCUGGACCCUUCCCUUGUCACCAAGCAAGCCAGCCUGGUGCACUUCCCACCGGGAUUCCAGCCCAUCCCCUGCAAACCUUUGUUCUUUGACCUGGCCCUCAACCACGUGGCUUUCCCACCCCUUGAGGACAAGUUGGAGCAGAAGACCAAGAGUGGCCUCACCGGAUACAUCAAGGGCAUCUUUGGAUUCAGGAGCUAA